AGUAGUAAGUAAUAAAGUGAUAAAGCCAUGUAGGCUAAUGUGCGCUCAUUGCAUCACCAGCAGCUCGGCGCGCACAGGUGUUGCUAAAGCCUGAAACGCCCACCAUUGUUUGUUUGAGGACUACACAAAGAGCAUUUCCACUUUCCAGCAUCACGUUCUGGGCUUCAUACCAGCAAUAAUAAUCUCUGUAGUGUGAAUGGGAACAGCAGUCAGCAGGACAGCUCUGCGCGGUCACACUUCCAGUGUUUUCAUGGCUUGCCGUGCGCUUCUGUGGCAGGUUCACGGUCUAUUGUGGAGUGUUCAGGAAUAUAACGUGUGGACUCUGCUGUAAGUCGACAAGUGUGGGAGAUUUGUGGGUGUGCGCGGGGGUCCGACUUCUCACAGCGGAAAUUGGAAAGCUGAAGUGACUUUACAAGAGAGCACAAGCUCUUCUCCACCCAAAGCCACCGGUCGGAAUACUUGGAAGUAAUUAGCCGGUGGGAUGGCAGAGGAAAUCCUCAACGAUUCCUUCCCAGAUCUGAAAGAACUGGAAAAUAAGAUUGGCAGGAAAACACCGGAAAGUCUUCUGAUUUGGAUGAGGGAUGCUGCGGAUUGCGAAGAUGGUUGGAGGUCUGAUGUGGUCGACAGGGGAGACCGCGGCUCUGACUUCAGCCAUAGCUUUUCUGACAAAAUAAGCAACUUAAAACAAGAGAUGAGGUGGCUGCGUUCUGCAGAUGUGAGAAUUCUGCGCCAGCUGGUGGCCGUGCACGAGGGUAUCGAGGCCAUGCGUUGGCUGAUGGAGGAGCAGGUUGCCUUGGCCAGCCGUGGCAGCAGCUUGACAGGCAGCCUGAGCAGCCUGGUGACUCUGGAGGAGCACGGGCCCUCGAUGUCCCCCUGCAGAGAAAGUCCAACUCAGGAUUUGACUGAAACCACUGCUGAGGAAUCAGAAUAUCACCCAUCCCACUCUGACCAUGGUGAUUUAAACCACAAGACCUACUUUGACAUGCUGAGCCCCGAGUCUACUGAAGCAAGCCCUCCUAGUCCUUCCACUGCCAAGUUUGAAGUCAGACAUUCCACACAUGGCAGGCAUGGUCAGGCAUCAUCUAGUCCUGCCAACUGUUUGGCUAGUGCCAAUUUACCAAAGUCACAACCACAGGACUCGAGUGUAGCUCCAUUACAAGACAUUAAAGCCGGUGCUGACACCAUCAGAAGAGCUCUGCUUAGAUCAAGCAGGGCAAGAAGAGAAGUGAAAGGGGAUACUGGUAGUUUUGCCCUCAAUAAACAGUCAGGGGAGACACAGACAGAGCACCAGAGCCUCGGAGCCUCUCAGAAGACAGUGGAAGAGAAAGAGAGUGCGCCCAAUAGAGAGAGCAGUUUGCUGGGCUAUGAUGCUCAGUGGUGCUGGGUGGAGUCACAGGACGAUGUGACGUUUUUAUGAUCUUUUAUAAACACAAUUUAAAUGUAUGAUCUUUGGUUUGAAGCUAUUUCCCCCUCCACAGUUAACUGCCAGUAAUGCAGUGGGAUUUAAAAUGCACUUAGACACAGAUGAAUGAACGGUGAAUGAUGCUUUAGGAUGGUUGUGUCACUGCUCUCUCCAUUAGUGCUUUUGGUUAGGAUGUAAACAGUUUGAUCGCUGUUUUUCAUUUGCCUGUGUAUUUGAGGAAUUCCAAAAGAAAAUCAAUUAAAAAAAAACUUUUUUUAAAAAUGAAGUUAAUCACAAACAUGAAGGAGCUCUUAGAAAUGCCGUGUCCUUGUCGGAUAAAUGUUUUACACACUGGGGACUUGAAUUUCAAAGAUAUUGAUCAUGGACUUCAGGGUUUUUUUAAUCAUUGAGUCUGAAUAAAAUCUAAUUUCAUUUCUUGUCUUAUCUUAUUUAUAAGACAAGAAUGGCAGUCAAUAAUUUCUUGUGCUUAUUUCUCAUAUAUUGUCCAGUCGCCUUUAAAUCUUUCAAAGUUGUGGAUAGAAUGCAAUAAAAUAAAAAUAAAAAAUCUAUAUAUCAGUCUAUAUCUAAAUAAAUAAAUCUGUAUGGUUUCUCGAAGGAUUUUAAAAAUGAUUGCUCUGCUUAAAUUGUUGUGCAAUGAUGAGUCUAAUGUAUCUGUUGGUAAUAAACAAGACAAAAAAGUUUC